GCAGCCACUCAAGCUUCAUCUUGAAUACCAAUAGUCAAUCAUCUCGUCCCUAUUUCCAGACGCUGUUUGUACCGGAAUUCCAAUUCAAGAUGCAAUUCUCUACUUUUCUCCUUGGCCUCGCUGUUGUUGUCUCAGCAAACGCCCUUCAUCCAAGACAGCCGCAAAUCACCCCGGCACCAAUCAUCAAAGCUCGCCAGGACCCUUUCUCUGAGAUAAGCUCAGAGGCAGGCAAUAUCAUCAGCGAGGCGUCAUCCAUAGCGGCCGACGUAUCUUCCGCGUUCGAGGCCGCCGGAAGCGUCGGAAGCCAAAUAUUCAGCGAGGUCUCAAGCGAUCUAGCGAGCAUCACUGCUGCCGCCGCCACAGUCGAAUCAUCCCUGGCGGCCGAGCUCUCCACAGCCACGGGCCCGGUCAAAUCGUCCAUCGAGGCGGCUUUGAGCUCAUUCAAGAGCUCCCUCAGCACUGCCACAGCAGCACUGCACACGCAGACCUCCACCACUUCGAGUGGUGCCGCCUCCACCAGUACCCAGCAGGGGGCUGCAUCCGCUCAGACUGCAGUUGUCAAGAUCGGUGCGCUGCUGGGUGGUGUGGCUGUGUUGGCAAACCUUUGAGCUGCACACACUGGGUGAGGAGGCGUUCGGGUUCUUCGGCGCAUGGGCUUGAGUCUUGUACUUUUUGGUUCAAUCUUUAGUUGUAAAAGGAAGUGGGGCCUACUCGGAUUACUUGUACAAUGCCGAUGAAUAAACAUAUUAUUUACCCAAUGC